AUGCCAGACAACAUCAUCUCCCAGCGCUGGCACUGUCCCGAGGGCUACCUGUAUUUCCGACAAGAGGUAGCUGACCCGCCCAGCAAAGAUUACUUCCAGCUCAUCGUCACCUCAGACAAGACAGUGUCGUUUAAAGUGUGGAAUGUUACCCCACCCUUCAAAGCGACAGCCCGACGUGGACCGAUUGCCUUCCAAUCAACAUUUGAACAUUUCAGUACAGAUGUAACCAUACGAGAUGCCAUACAAUCCAGGCUGAGAGGGGAGCUAGAGUUUCUCGACAACCUGCUGGAAGGCAAAUUCAACUACUUGGACCAGCUGGACACCCAGCUUCAGCUGUACAUAGUCAGCUUCCUAGAUGUCUGCUCCACGCUGCGCCUCAGCGCCACAUCCAGACACUUUCACCAGCUCUGUGAAGAUAACUCUAUCUGGAAGAGACACUUCCUGUCCAGCAAUCUGCCCUACUUUGUGACGCCAGGUCUGAUGGAUAUCGUGGACAAGAAGGGCUGGAAAGCUUUCUACAUCAUAGUCAACAGAAUCGCCCAAUCAACAGAUGAGAUUGGAACCCGCUUUCUGCUCCAGAAAGCCCCUCCUACCUGCCUGGGCCACAGAAGUUCCAGUCAGAUAGCAAGUAGUAGUAGCUCUCCGAAAGUUCAAUCAAAGACAACCAUUUAA